UAAAUACCCCCACCGCCUUAAUAUAUUCACCAUUCUGUCCCUUAAAAACCCAUUCACUCUCACCCUGUUAUAUAAACCCCUCUCUCAGCUCUCUAAUCACGUUUCAAAGCCCUAAUAAAUAAAUAAAAAAUUCCAUUCCGACCUCACCGGAAAAUCUGACGUCAUCACGCCGGAGAUAGUGUCGAAAUGGUGGAGAUCGCCGGCGGCGUCUCCGUCCCGGUCGUCUUUUUCGACGGAGAGAGCGAGAGCGACAUCGGAAGCGUGUUCGUUUACCCGUCGUUGCAAUUCAAGGGCUUCCAGUCGAUUUUGAGCCGGAAGAUCGGAAUAUCGCCGCACCAGUUCUCGGCCUACCUCGCCGCCGGUGGUGGCGGAGUGGGAGGAGAAGGCGCGAAUCGCCACCAGCGAAGGAAGGUUCCGAUCACGGCGAAAUUCAAUUUCUCGGCGAUUUCUUCUCGCGAGAACAACAGCGAGGACUGGUUCUUCCUCGUGGUCUUGAAGCGAUCGCGGCGCGAGAGGCGGCGAAGAACGCAGGGUCGGAGAGAGCUUCACGAAGACGAAGACGAAGAACAACAACAACAACGCUACGAUUCUUCUUCUUCUUCGAUGAGUUUCGUACAAAGAAUGAGCAAGAAAGUCCCGGAGAACGUUAUGCUUCUCCGGCGCAACGCAGGGAUUGAGAGCCAAAUGGCCUUCUCGCCGAUCGUGGAUCGGGUCGGGUACGAGAAUCGGGUCAGGGAGUUGCUGAUCGAAAGGGAGAAGUAUUUGGCGAACAUGGGCCUGACCCGUCUGUGUCUGGGGAAUCAAGAAAACGGCGCCGUAUUCGUAAACGACAACGCCGCGGUUCGAAACGGCGUCGUUGCGUGCGAAGAGUGCAAUAGAAGAGAGGUUGGGUUUCAUUGGUGCGUUUACGAUGCUGUGACUUUCGGGUUCAAGUCCCCAGCUGGCCCGAUUGCCCGACCCGUUAAAGGGUCUGAUUAAAGUCAGUGAUUUUUAUAGUUUGAGGGUUGGUAUACGGUAACUAUGGUAUGCUAUUCGCUACCAUGUACCUACACGAAAGAGUAGGGACUGCACGUGACUGAGUCAGUGGGGGUGUUUAUAGAUGGUAUAUAAAUUUAUGACCUUCUGGGCUAAAGUGUUUGGUUAAUUGAGGAAACAAAUUGACCAAGGAAAAAUGGGCAGUGUUGCUUUUUUUCUAUAUUUUGGUUAUAUGGGGUAUGGGAGUGAGAGUGGGGUACAGAGCAUAGGGCAGACAUCAAAAGUGAAGAUAAUAGAGUGACAAAUCACAAAAAUGUGAGGAAAAUUUGAUAUUAGUGAGAAAUGAAAAAAGGAAUAUUAUUAUUAUUGUAGGGCCUUGAAAAUUGGCCUUUUGGGGUUUUGCUAAAGGUGUUUUUGGCAUCAUUUUGUGUGUGUUUUCCAUGCUGGUAUGGUAUGGUAUGGUAUGGUAUUUGAAGUUGAAUACAUUGCCACUACUUUGAUUUUGGGGUUUUUUUGCUUGUAUUUACAAGGGACAAGUUCAAUUUAUUUUAUAAGAUGUAUAUUAUUAUCUAUGUGAUAUUCUCUGCUCGGUUUUAUGG